GUCCCCCGGGGCCCAAGGCUGCUGCUGGGGCGCUGGAGGUGGCGAGUGGAAACACACGAAACACUCAGAUAAUGUGACAGUUUGGCUGCAGUGAUGUCGACUCUCUGUCCACCACCAUCACCAGCUGUGGCCAAGACAGAGAUUGCAUUAAGUGGUGAAUCGCCUUUAUUAGCAGCCACCUUUGCUUACUGGGACAAUAUUCUUGGCCCUAGAGUAAGACACAUUUGGGCUCCAAAGACUAAACAAGUACUUCUCAGCGAUGGAGAAAUAACUUUUCUGGCCAAUCAUACCCUCAAUGGAGAAAUCCUUCGAAAUGCAGAGAGUGGAGCUAUAGAUGUAAAGUUUUUUGUUUUGUCCGAAAAAGGAGUAAUUAUUGUUUCAUUAAUCUUUGAUGGAAACUGGAAUGGGGAUAGGAGUACAUAUGGACUAUCAAUUAUACUUCCACAGACAGAACUGAGCUUCUAUCUCCCACUUCACAGAGUAUGUGUUGACAGGUUAACACAUAUUAUUCGGAAAGGAAGGAUAUGGAUGCAUAAGGAGAGGCAAGAGAAUGUCCAGAAGAUUAUUUUAGAAGGCACAGAGAGAAUGGAGGAUCAGGGUCAGAGUAUUAUUCCAAUGCUUACUGGAGAAGUAAUUCCUGUAAUGGAAUUGCUUUCAUCUAUGAAAUCACAUAGUGUUCCUGAAGAAAUAGAUAUCGCUGAUACAGUCCUCAAUGACGACGAUAUUGGUGAUAGUUGUCAUGAAGGCUUUCUUCUUAAUGCCAUCAGCUCACACUUGCAAACCUGUGGCUGUUCUGUUGUAGUAGGUAGCAGUGCAGAGAAAGUAAAUAAGAUAGUGAAAACACUAUGCCUUUUUCUGACUCCAACAGAGAGAAAAUGCUCCCGAUUAUGUGAAGCAGAAUCAUCAUUUAAAUAUGAAUCAGGACUUUUUGUACAAGGUCUCCUAAAGGACUCAACUGGAAGCUUUGUCCUACCCUUUCGGCAAGUCAUGUAUGCUCCCUAUCCCACCACACAUAUAGACGUGGAUGUCAACACUGUCAAACAGAUGCCACCAUGUCACGAACACAUCUACAAUCAACGCAGAUACAUGAGAUCUGAGCUGACAGCUUUCUGGCGAGCCACUUCAGAAGAAGACAUGGCUCAGGAUACGAUCAUCUAUACUGAUGAAAGUUUCACUCCUGAUUUGAAUAUUUUUCAAGAUGUUUUACACAGAGACACUCUAGUAAAAUCCUUCCUGGAUCAGGUUUUUCAUCUGAAGCCUGGUUUAUCUCUCAGGAGUACUUUCCUGGCACAAUUUCUUCUUGUCCUUCACAGAAAAGCCUUGACACUAAUAAAAUACAUAGAAGAUGAUACGCAGAAGGGGAAAAAGCCCUUUAAAUCUCUGAGGAACCUGAAGACAGACCUUGAUUUAACAGCAGAGGGCGAUCUUAACAUAAUAAUGGCUCUAGCUGAGAAGAUUAAACCUGGCCUACACUCAUUUAUCUUUGGGAGACCUUUCUAUACUAGUGUACAAGAGCGAGAUGUUCUUAUGACUUUUUAAAGGUGUGACUUUGUUAUAUCUUAUUGCAUUGAUUGCUGCUAACGUAGCUCAGUGGUAUAUGAGAAAUACUCCCUCAGGUCAUGGCCCAGAGUCCUACUCAGCAAUGACAGUUUAAUUUAGUUACACUACAGUUGUCACAAGAAGUCUGUAAAAUGACAUCAUUGCAAUGGGUGUAUUUUUUCUUAGGUCAUGCUUUUCUUGCGAUACAUACUUAUGUUUACAAUUACAAUGAUUGUUGUUCUCUCUUAAAUAUAUAAUAAUCAAAUAUAAACUUGACCGUAACUGCUGUUAUUUUUUUGUUGUUGUUGAAACUUAUGGUUUACACAUAUUAAAGUAAAGUCUGAAUUA